AGGAGCUGUGGGAAAAUGAGCUAGUGUCGGUUGAGGAGCAAUUUGUUGCGAACCGAAAAGGCAAACUGAUAUUAGAGGACUAGACUAUUUAUAAAAUCUGAAUAUAGCUUACUAGCCUGUAGAUCACUGGAUUGAUACUUUUUGGCAUCUUGCACACGUGAUCAGCGCGUAAACAAACGAAUAAUCACAUGAAAAGAAAACAAGUGGAGAACAAACAGUAACAUCUGUGUGUGUAGGUAGACCAUGUUGAAGGAAAGACAUCCUUGGUGGAUUUUGGAUCCUAAGGACAACCUUUUACACAUCAAUGUAGGUGGGUUGAGGCACACUCUAUGCUCAAGCAUUCUGAAGAAGUUUCCGGACACACGUCUUGGUCAACUCUUGUCUUGUGACUCAGAGGAUGACAUUCUACAGCUUUGUGAUGACUUUGAUGUUCAACAGAAAGAGUUUUACUUUGACCGUAACCCUGGUCUCUUCCCUUAUGUCCUGCACUUCUAUCAGACUGGCAAGCUGCAUAUUAUGGAUGAGCUGUGCAUUUUCUCCUUCUCUCAGGAAAUAGAAUACUGGGGAAUCAGUGAUUUUUUUCUGGACAGCUGCUGUAGUUACCGUUACCUUGAUCGUAAACUGAAGAGACAUCGUACAUCCUGGGAUGAAGAGAGUGAUGUUAGCAGUGUGGAUACAUCAGUUGAUGAGAUUUCUGAUCUGAACAAAGAUAUUGAACACUUCCAUGAAAUACGUUUUGGAAACAUUCGGAAAUGUCUGUGGCUAACAUUGGAAAAUCCAGGUUAUUCAAUCCCAAGCAAAGUUUUCAGCUUGCUUUCCAUUUGUGUGGUUUUAAUUUCAAUUACCACCAUGUGUAUCAAUAGCAUUCCAGAAUACCAAAAAUUUGAUGAAAGUGGUAAUCCAACUGAAGACCCAACAAGGCAUAUAUUAGAAGUGUUCUGCAUUUGCUGGUUUACCUUUGAGGUAGUAACUCGCAUGCUUCUUGCUCCAAACCAUCGCAAAUUCUUCUUGCUACCACUAAACGUGAUUGAUAUCAUCUCAGUGAUGCCAAUAUACAUCACAAUCUUUUUUGAUCUGGUCAUUGGGAGUGAGUCAGAGCUGGGCAACUUGGGAAAACUGGUCCAGGUGUUGCGGCUGAUGAGAAUCUUCAGGGUGCUAAAGUUGGCUAGGCAUUCAACGGGCUUAAGGUCACUAGGUGCUACUCUACGGCACAGCUACAGAGAGGUUGGAAUCUUAUUACUGUACCUGGCAGUGGGUGUAUCGGUGUUUUCCGGAAUUGCUUACACUGCAGAAUAUGAGGAAGAUGUUGGUUUGGACACAAUUCCAGCUUGCUGGUGGUGGGGGACAGUUAGUAUGACAACAGUGGGAUAUGGAGAUGUGGUUCCAGUGACAGUGGCUGGAAAGCUGGCAGCAUCUGGCUGCAUCCUGAGCGGCACAUUAGUUGUGUCACUACCCAUCACCAUAAUUUUCAACAAGUUUUCACAUUUUUACCGCAAACAAAAAGCUCUUGAAGCAUCAGUGAGAAACAGCAACAGCAAGAAACUUAUAAGACAACAGAGAAACAGUAGAGACACUGAAAUACAUGUGCAUAGCCACUGUUGGGAGGAUGGAGAAAAGGAUGAAGAUGUGUCUUAUGAGGGAGGAGUUGUCAACUACUGCUACGAAGACCAUCCACUGACAUACACAGUCUGAUGUGUCGACUAUGCAAGAAAAGUGAUAAAAGUCAAAGUUGUUAAAGUUAUACCAAUAUUAAACAUCAUAUACUGACUUAAAAUACAGAGUGGGUGAAAAAUUAAAGGAAAAUCUGGUGAUCCAGUGGCUCUGACAUGCCUAUAUUUGGGUCCACCUGUCCCCUUUGGUCAUAGCAAAUAAAUACAAAGGGUUUUUCUCAAUCGCAGUGCUAGAUUAGAGUCAUUCUCAGCAUUAAAUGUUGGAAUGAGACAGACUAGUAAAGGCCUGGGUAUACUUCAUUUUCCGCACUCCGUCCUUUGCACAGUUGAGUAUGCAAGCCUUUCAAUACUCCUUUGGCCAUGAGCAUGGAAAGACAUGUUCAGCGCAUGUGCACGAUCAAGUGGGUUCUGUUUUCAAGUGCUCAAGUCACUUGCAUAUGUUGUACACGCUCCGUCCACAAUCCAAAGAAUUGGGCUGCACAUGGAUGUCUGUGGGGCGGACCCUGCUGAUGAUGCAAAUUACAUCACAUGGACUGUGCCAUAAAUGUUUCUGUCCCUCCAUUCAAAGCAUGAGAAUGCUAUUAAAGUUAAUCUGGGUAAAAUAUUUACACUAAAACUCUUUAUAUCAUCCGACUUUAUGUUAAUGCGAUACACUGAAUAAAAACGGUCCGUGUA